UGGAUGCGGGUUCAGAGCCAAAUCCGGGGUUUGGGUUGACUAAGUGGGUGCCGAGCCUUCACCUCAGUCUGACUCCGUCCUGCACCAUGCGCUGGCCGCUUCUCCGACACGUCUACCGCAGCCUCAGCCCCUGGGACUGGAGGUUGGCCGGCCCCGCCGCCCGCCACUUCUCGGCCACUGGCUGCAGGAGCACCAAGGAGCUGCACGGGGCAGUCACCAGAAACAUAAUUCAACGAUCGAAAGACACAAUUAGGAGCUUGCAAAAAGAGAACACCGCCUUCAAGCCUAUACUGGCUGUAAUUCAAGCAGACACAGAUGAUGUAACGUUGCAGUCAACCAGAAACUUUGCAGAGGAGCUUGGAGUGGAUGUCCGUCUCGUACAUGUACCAAAGGAGAGCAGUGAUGAAGAGAUUAUUGAUGAAAUCCAGAAACUUAAUGAAGACCCGAAAGUGCGUGGGCUGGUUCUACAUUUGGCCAAACCCAGCAUCCAAGUGGUUAAUGCAGUGCAACCGGACAAAGAUGUGGAUGGUGUCACUGAUGUUAACCUGGGAAAGAUGGUCCGAGGCAGCGCCCAGGAUGGCUUCAUCUCCCCCACUGCCUCUGGCAUCAUUGAGCUCAUAGAACAGAUGGCUAAGAAAUCAUUAGAGGGGAAAACGGUGUUAAUUGUUGGAGCAGAUGUUUCCCUGGAGGCCUCGCUGCAGUGUCUGCUCCAGAAGAAAGGGGCAGUGUCCUUGGUCAGCUCCUGGCAGUCGCAGCAGCUGCAGAACAAGCUUGGUGCUGCAGAGAUAGUGGUUAUUGUAAGUGCAAAACCUCCGAAGAUUCCCAGUGACUGGAUAAAGCCAGGAACUAUUGUUGUCUUUGCAGAUGGUUCCGAACUGAGCAGUGCUGGAUUAAAUGGCCAAGCUGUAGGACCAGUGGCAGCUGCCCUGAGGCUGAAGAAUUUAGCAGAAAGCAGUAAGAGAUGGUUUGAUGCUCAGAAGUACAAAGCGUGGCAUCUUCAUUGCUUAAAGUUGCAGCCUCUGUCCCCUGUACCCAGCGAUAUUGAGAUUUCCCGAGGACAGAAUCCAAAAUCCAUUGACAUGCUUGCCAAGGAGAUAGGAUUGCUUACAGAUGAACUUGAAAUGUAUGGCUACACGAAAGCCAAAGUACGUCUGUCUCUUCUGGAGAGGUUAAAAGAGCAGCCAAAUGGAAAAUAUGUCUUAGUUGCUGGUAUAACACCGACACCUCUUGGGGAAGGCAAAAGUACAGUUACCAUUGGGCUGGUGCAGGCCCUGACUGCUCAUAAAAACAUCAAUUCCUUUGCGUGUCUGAGACAGCCUUCACAAGGACCCACAUUUGGCGUCAAAGGUGGAGCAGCAGGGGGUGGAUAUGCUCAAGUUAUUCCAAUGGAAGAGUUUAACUUGCACUUAACUGGAGACAUCCACGCAAUCACGGCUGCCAAUAAUCUGCUGGCGGCUGCCAUAGAUGCAAGAAUCCUGCAUGAGAGCACUCAGUCAGACAAGGCUUUAUACAGUCGUCUUGUUCCAUCCGUUAACGGAGUGAGGACGUUUUCUCCAAUUCAGAUUGCUCGGUUGAAGAGAAUAGGAAUUGAGAAGACUGACCCUGGAUCAUUGACUACAGAAGAGAUCAGCAGAUUUGUGCGCCUGGACAUUGACCCUGCUACAAUAACUUGGCAGAGAGUGAUGGACACAAAUGAUCGAUUUCUUAGGAAAAUCACUAUUGGACAAGCAAACACUGAGAAGGGCUGUGAACGUCAGGCCCAGUUUGAUAUUGCGGUGGCAAGUGAGAUCAUGGCUAUACUCGCCUUAACCAACAACCUGCGUGAUAUGAAGGAAAGAUUCGGAAGGAUGGUGGUAGCCAGUGACAAGCGUGGACAGCCAGUGACAGCAGAAGACCUGGGCAUUACAGGUGCUUUAGCUGUUCUGAUGAAGGAUGCCAUAAAGCCAACGCUGAUGCAAACAUUGGAGGGAACUCCAGUUUUUGUCCAUGCUGGACCUUUUGCUAACAUUGCACAUGGCAGCUCUUCUGUGCUGGCAGAUAAAAUUGCAUUGAAGCUAGUGGGUGAAGAUGGAUUUGUUGUGACAGAAGCUGGUUUUGGAGCAGACAUUGGUAUGGAGAAGUUUUUCAACAUUAAGUGCAGAUACUCUGGCUUGGUUCCCAAUGUGGUUGUGCUUGUUGCUACCAUUAGAGCUUUGAAGAUGCAUGGAGGAGGACCCAAUGUUACCGCUGGGGCGCCUCUCGCAAAGGAGUACAUAGAAGAGAAUCUCCAGCUUGUUCAGGACGGGUGCUGCAAUUUACAGAAGCAAAUCCAGAUUGCUCAACAGUUUGGUGUUCCAGUUGUGGUCGCUUUAAAUAUUUUCAAAACUGAUACUAAAGCAGAAGUUGACCUAGUCUGUAAAAUUGCUAAGGAUUCUGGAGCUUUUGAUGCCGUUCCAUGUAAUCACUGGUCAUUUGGUGGCAAAGGAGCUCUGGAACUAGCUGAUGCUGUGAAACAAGCUGCAAACCAAGAUACUGCCUUCAGAUUUCUCUAUGACUUGGAGCUCCCCAUUGCAGAAAAGAUCAGAACCAUAGCUCAGAAGGUGUAUGGUGCUGCUGAUAUAGAACUGUCUCCAAAAGCUCAGUCAAAAGUUGACAUCUACACACAACAGGGUUUUAAUAAACUUCCAAUCUGCAUGGCCAAGACACAUCUGUCUUUAUCACAUCAGGCUGAUAAGAAAGGCGUACCCACAGGCUUCAUUCUACCUAUAAGUGAUGUCCGAGCCAGCAUUGGUGCUGGAUUCAUCUAUCCACUCGUGGGAACUAUGAGCACCAUGCCAGGAUUACCCACAAGACCUUGUUUCUACGACAUCGAUCUUGAUCCAGACACAGAGGAAGUAAAAGGAUUGUUUUAAAGAAGCCACAGAAUUCCUCAUUGCCUCCGCUCGGUGUGAAUCCCAAGAAUUCUUACUGCUUGAUUUUCACUCUGCCAACUGGACCCUUUGAGAAUCUAGUCUUCUCUAAGUAAAUGUGGAAUGUCUGGGACAGAAGGGCGACUGGUCUGUAUGUGCGGUGCUACGUAUCCUGAUUGCCUCUGGGGUGAAGGACAUUGAUGCCAUACUUCAUUUUAGUGGAUGAUGAAUUUAACAUAUGGGGGAUUCUACCUCCCAGAUGUGUGUAAAAACCUGUUAUAUGAAUCUGAAGUGAAAUAAUCUGACAUGGUAGAACUAUGUGGAUUUCUUCUAUUACAGCAGUAGCUUUAGGGUACGGCUGCACAGCGAAACUAGUCCCAGCCAGGAUCUCAGAGUAGCGGUGAUCCAAUAGAAAUUAAUGGUAUUGCAACAUGAUCCCAUUCAUUUCUAUGGGAUCACCGCUACUCUGUGCUUAUGGUUGCGACCAGUGUCUCUGUGCAGCCGUACCCUUAAUCUUUGUACUGUCAAUGUGACAUGUUAUAUCAUGCAUUACCAACUAAGCGUCAGUCUACUUGUUUAUGACACUUCCAGCAUCACCAAAGAGAUGUGAAUUUAUAUUUCAGGACAUAAUGUUGAGAAUGAAGUAGUUAUUGUGAUUUAUUUUUUCCCAGAAACAGUGGCACUCUUAUCUGUAGGCUGUCGGUCGUAUUGCCAAACAAGGCCCAUAGACGGGAGUUGUGUGGUUUUUGUAGAACAAAAAUCUAAAAAAUCAGCAAAAUCAGAGGAAUGUUGACACUGCCCAGACCAUCUUGCACCCUCUUCCCUAUUUCUGCAGCUCCACCCGAGGUAUCGGGGUUGAGCCGCAGUCACAGCUGGUCAAGGCCAUGAGAUUCAUGGAGCACUGCUACACAGGCGCUGCAGAGCACCAGUCACUUUUUUUUUUUUUAUACUAAAAGCAUGGGUCAGACUGCAGUGAACCACAACUUGAUGGUUAUUCAGUCACUGAUGUCAUAUCCCAGAAAACACAUUUCAAAGAGAUUUUUUCACUCAAUUAUGAUACGUGAAGGACAUGUUGGUUAGAGUAAUGUUUUUGUUAAAGGGUUUGUGCAUUGGCACCAUAUUGAUGACCUACCCUCAGGAUAGAUUAGCAAUAUCAGUCUGGCGGGAGGUUGACUCUCGGCAUCCCCGCCGAUCAGCUUUGAAGGGGUCAUGGCACUCUUGCAGGCGCUACCUACUCUUUAUAGCUUACCUAGAUGUAGACUCCUUUGUAGCAACGGUGCAGUUCAAGUCAAUGGGACGAGCAGUUGUAAUUACACUGCGCCGCCGCUGCAAACACAGCACACAGGUGAACUUUGACCUCUUGUCGGAGCACUGCAACCCCCCCAUCGGCAGGGGUGUCUGGAGACAGACUUCUGCUGAUCUGAUAUCGCUAUCCUAUGCUGAGGGUAGGUGAUCAAUAUUAUGAAACUGCACAACACCUUUUAGUAUUUGUUUGUUUUAUUUACCCAAAUAUUGGCAUUUCUUUCUAUACAGUUGUACUGCCAUUUUGUUAACUUUUUUUUUUUAAAGCUUUAAGUUUUGCUCGUGACUAUUAGUGUUAUUGAUAGAAUACACUGACAAAAUUUAAAGUUUUUUAGGAACUGUAUUCAAAGUUUAGAUCCACAGUCAUGUUGGAUCUUGUUACUUUAAAAAAAAAUGGCUGCCACUACUGAAUAGGACAAUGGCAUUAUUUCUAAAUAAAACAUACUCUUAUAUACUGAUCUAUGGCUAAUUAGAUUUUAGAAUAAAAAGUACACGUUCAUGUCUGCAUAUUCACCAGCGUGCUUAUCAUAAUUAAGCUUUUCUUGUUUGCAAAUAUGUCUGUCCAUUUCUUGAUCCUCGGUAACUUGACUGAAUAUUGAUCAUCAUAUGAUUCAUGCCCUUUGAUAUUCAACAGAAAUUGUAUUUUCAUAAGCUUAAAUAUAUAAUGGCUAUAAAAUUUAUGAGCAGAUGUUUUCUUUUUUCAUUUCUCUGCAUAAGGCUACAUGCACAGUUUUUCAUGGCCAUCUUUCAACCAUUUUUGCAGUUCUGCAUCCAUUUUUCAUGACUAUUAAAAAUGGAGGAAUUUCAUUGACUUUUUUAUUUUUAAAUAAAAUCCCAACCCCUGCAGUAUACUUGUUGUCCCCCAUAGUGGCUCCAUCAGUAAUUAGGUCCCCCAUAGUGGCUCCCGCAGUAAUAAUGUCUUCCAUAGUGGUCCAUAAUGUUCCUAUCCUCAUAGUGGUUCUUAGCUGUAAGUUUUUUGUUUUUUAGCACGCACAGAAAUGGUUCCAUCUUUUGAAUGUGAAGGACCUGCGCGAAGCAUGACUUCAAUGCGCGCACCCAGCAUGGUCACAUAAUGACGUCAUAACGCUGAGCACGGUUGCUUCACAAUCAAGAGAGAAGCAACUGCCUCUGCAAGUGGAUGAGUCACGACCAUUACAUUAUAUUAUAAAACACAACCAUUUUCAAAUCUGAUAGAGGGUCCAUUGACAGACACCAUGAUUGAAACCUGACAGACCCCAUUAUAAUCAAAGGGGGCUGUUGGUAUCAGAUGUGACACAAACCUAGCACUAUUAUUAUUCACUGGAAUUAAAAACUCAAAUGUGAACAAAGCCUUACAUUUGCUUGUAUCUUUAAUAUGUGCAGUUUUAUUGUAACCUAGAUUUGCUACCAAAGAGAAAUCGGUUAUAUAUUAUAUAUUACAUAUUCUCAGAAUAAUAAAUGGGUUUCAGCAUCAAAAAUA